UACAAUUUAAAGAUUGGUAAAUUAUUAGUGAAUACAAAAUCCCGCCCGACUUGAGUAAUUCUAUCUGGCUGUGUUCACGGUUUCAUCAUCUUGGCUUCUACCACGCCAAUCAAACUGAAAUCUAACCUUAAAAUUUUAAUUGACAAAAACAAUGUUUUCAUUCGAAUUUAUUCACUGCCAUGAAAUUCAUUUGACCAGCGGAAAUCAAAUUACCUAACGAUACGAAACAUAAUUGCAAUGAUGUUGUUUCAUUUAUCCCGACAUAUUUUAAUUUUAAUUUUACGUUUUAAUGCUUAUUGUUAGACAUGUAAUAUCAGGGAUAGUAAACAUUGCCCCUAUCUGAACUUAAAUUUAUAGUAAAUUUCCAUUUUUAACAAGAUGACACAGAAAUUAUUUGUGCAUGUUGCAAUUUUUCUGUAUUUCUUCUACUUUUGCCAAUUAAUAAAUAACAUAUAUUUGAUUAUGAAAUAGAUUACUAGCUAUAACUUUUAUAAUGGAUGUAAAUACUGUGGAGGAUGAAGAUGUAUCCUUCCAUUUGGGAGAAAUGUUUGACAGUUAUGAAGAACUGGAGCACAAAUUGGAAAAAUUCUCAAAGCGUAGUCUAGUUCACUAUUGGAGGAGAGAUAGCAGGACAGUUAGUGGUGCUCAUAUGAAAACUGCUCGUCCCAUUAGUGAGCGCUUAAAGUAUUAUUCUGUGAAAUAUGCUUGUAUCUAUGGUGGUCAAAAGUUUCUACCACGUGGAGCUGGCAGGAGACAGUCUCAAUCAAUCAGAACAAAUUGUCCUGCUCAUAUUAUGUUAAGAGCGUCAAAAGAUGGUACAAAGUUAGAGGUAACUAGCGUCAAUAACGAGCAUAAUCAUGAAAUCUCAGAGGAAUUAUUUAAAAAUCUUCCGCAAGAAAGGAAAUUAUGCGGCGAAAUUAAGCAGGAAGUACAGGAUCUCAUGCAAUUACAUAUUGAUCGCAAAAGAUUGAAAGAGUACGUACGACUGCGAACAAAUAAAAUACUCAGAUCCAAAGAUUUAUUUAAUAUAGCGGCAGCUAAUAAGCAAAAGAGAAACAUAACACCCGAAAGGGCGUAUCAGUUGUUUAAAAAAAUUCAUGACAUCGAGAAGAUGCAGGGCAGAGAUAAUGAUAGGAAGAUACAUUCUGAGUCUGAAGAUGAAAUUGCACAGACAAUAAAAAGGAUGAAAAAAGAGCAAGAAUCUCCUUGGGGUCAAGAUGAACUACCAACUGAAUUAGAAGUAAGCGAAGGAAAUGAUGGCGAAGAUUCUUACAGUGGUCAAUUAACUCAAGAAGAAGUAGUAGAUGAAAUCGACACAACGGAGGGUGAAUUAUUAAGAGCAAAUAACGAUGGCGACAUUAUAGCGGCAAAUGGUGAAAUUGUGGGGGAAUUAGUAAUGCAAGAUGGAGAUCCAUCUGUAAUCGUUGAAUCCAUUGUAAACGCUGAUGGUUCUGUUUUCGUGGACGAAAGAGAAUUCAAUAGUUACUGUAACAAUCAUUUAUCGCAUACAGUAGAUGGCAGCCAAUCACCUAACAGUAGAGUUUUAGAUAUUGAAACUAUCGCGCCUGCCACUGAUAUGGAAAAGAUCAAAGGUACACCAACCUCCCCUAAACAGCAAAAUAGGUCCAUCACACCACAGUCGCAGCAGCCUGUUAAAUCGCCAAGCACCUUCGAUGAAACUACAGAUUCUAGAAUUUGGAUUAUGAAGGAAGCUACGAACCCAGAUACGGAGGCUGAUAAUGGACCCGAAAGUGAAGUGAAUCGGUCAAACUUAGAAACGACUGCAAAAGCAGAUAUCGAUACAUCUGAAGUGAUAUUGUCGGAUGAAGCUAGUCACCAGUUACUUCAGGAACAGUUAGCCGUGCUUCGUGCUGAAAAGGGAAAGCUUUAUCACGAAACUGAAAUGUUGAAACUUAAAAAAGAUAAAUUGAAAUUACAGAUGAACUGUUACUCUAACGAAAUACGGAAGCAAGAGAUGGAAAAGGAAAAGCUUAGACUUGAAAUUAAAUUAUUGCAGUCGAAAGUUAUGGAAGAUUCCAAUGAUGUUUCUCAUUAUAUUUUUGUGCCUUGAGCGAUACGGUGUGGCAGAAAAUGAAUGUCUGGAAAACACAAAUAUUUUUAAAUCAAAAAUCGUUACUAAAUUAUUCUUGAUUUUGUUUUUAUAUGUGUAAUGAUAUAAUUGUUGGAAAUAAGGUUGCUUGUUUAUUUAACUGUAUGGAAUAGAGUCAUUGCAGUUUGUAACUUACAAUGAUCUUUUCCUUAUUCUUGUACAGCGUCGAGCAAAGUAGGCUUCUCUAGAGAACAUGGCAAAACAGGGGUGGGAGGCCGUAGACCUAUAUACUGGGUCCCUUUCCCAGCAUCGUCGUUUCCCCCGGGGGACGUUUAUGUGGAUGGGGCGGGAAUCCUGGGAAGCCUGUGGGGAGGCCCAGGAACCCGGGAUAUCGCUUUUUUUCCUGAGAAAGUCUACCAUGCUUGGGACUGUAUAUACUUCGUAAAAUUAUUUUAAAUCAGUCGCUGUUCAAAAACUAAUUUAAUAAUUGUUAAUAGUCCAUGUACAGUCAUUUACGUUUGAUGUACUUUGUUUGAAAGUGAUACGUAUGUUUUAGCUACCACUGAAAUUACAUUUAAAAAAGUAUAUUCAGAGGAAAAAGUAUUCUUUAAACGAAUAACGUGAUAGAACUGUAUAGUUAGUAUAAUAAAUUAUUUUGCAAAUAAAAAUA